AUGAAAACGCCUCGCUUAAAGCAGAUUCGGAAGCUAAUUAAAAGCCUGGAAAAAGCCGGAUACAGAGCCCCGUUUAACAUCCUCGCAGACCACGAGUUUCUUGCGGCGUACAACAAGUCGCAGAUGGGCGUGGCUGUCCUGGAGAAGUUCCUGCACGGGAAAAUACGCCUUUUCACCACGCUGUGCGAGUACAGGAGAUACACUGCGCUUGUGAAGGAUAAGGCCCUGAUUGGGCGGGUGGCUCUUAAGAAGUGCGCGCACAAGGAGGAGUUCAGGACGCAGGAGUGCCUUUCAGACGCGGUGGGCGACGGAAAUCCAGCGCACUACUUCCUGGCAGUCGCGGGCAAGCACAGGAGGCUGAAGGAGGAGAAGAAAGUCCCGGUGAUUUUCAUGCGCUCUGGCGUGCUGUGCCUGGAAAUAGGGGAGACGGAGGCUGCGGCCAUAGAGAAGAAAAGCGAGUCUGCAGGGCUCUCGGAGGCAGAGAAGCAGCGCCUGGACGAGCUAUUUAGCUAG